AUGGAUAUCGUCUUCCACGCCGGCGUAAACGGCUCAAGCCCCUACGUCGACUUCUACCCAUACGCACCAUCAGAGACAGCCGGAUAUGCCUUUAUGGCCAUAUUCGGGAUCUCGACUAUCGUUCACAUAAUUUUGACUAUUCCCUUCCGCGCUGCAUACUUUAUUCCCCUGGUCUUGGGCGGUUUAUGUGAGACAUUCGGCUAUUACGGACGAGCAUGGGCGCACGGAGACAGAACAGAUAUUGGCGCAUGGGCAUUACAAGAAAUGCUCAUUCUCUGUGCCCCACCACUCGUAUCAGCCACAGUCUACAUGGUCCUCGGUCGUAUAAUCCUAUCCUUCAACGCAGAACACCUAUCCAGCAUCCGGCCCAAACGCCUCACACUCAUCUUUGUCUUGAACGACGUCCUCUGUUUUUGUACACAGCUCGGUGGAGCAGGUGUACAAGUAACGGGUGAUGCGGAAAUCAUGGAUAUAGGCAAGAAAGUCGUAUUAGCGGGUCUAAUCUUCUCACUUGUCGUCUUCGGUUUUUUUGUGCUGGUUGCUGCCAAGUUCCAUCGGAGACUUUUGAGAAACCCGCCGCCAUUUUUGUUGGUGAAUAAUGAUCUUAAUUGGACGAGGUACAUGUGGGCAAUGUAUGUUGUCUGUGCUGCUAUUAUGAUUCGGAAUCUGGUUCGGACUAUUCAGUUCGGGGCGAGUUCGAAGGCAGCUGUUAAUACCAGUGAGGUGUAUAUUUAUGUAUUUGACGCGGCUAUGAUGUUUGUUUCGCUGCUUGUUUUGGCUGUUUACCAUCCUGGUUUGCUUAUCAAGAAGGCGAGGAGGCUUGUGAAGACGGAUUUUGAGAGGCUAAAUUCACCGGACAUGAUGGCUGAAAAUGUGCCUUUGACUGAGUACAAGCCUGCUUCGAUGACGAGAUGA